CAUAUCUCUAAAUAACUUUACCUUCCAAGGCUAACUUAAUAUUCAUGUAGUUAAUAUAAUUUUUAUUUGCUAUUUAACUUUAAGUCUAAUUUUGUUCUUACAUGAAAUUUAGGUUUUGUGAUUCAAUCGAACUAUUACUUUUAAUUCUAAAUACAUAAGCUGCAAGUAUCAACAGUUCAAUCUAAUUUAUCUUUUCAUAGAGAAUGAACUUUAUAACAUAUAACCUGAGCAGAGCGGAAAGAGUACUAAUUUUAAAUAUGGUUAACAAUUCGGGACACAAAGGUAAGGUCCCGGCACGAGCCCAAAAUGGCAUCUGGGGGCGAGCCCAACCAUCCAAUAUGUCCCUGCCCAGUCAUCUAAACUUGGGGGUGGACCUUUGAAUGAUGACCCUUAAUCCUGGUAUAGUCAGCUCAGGCACUAGCCGUUCGACGCCCUUAGCAUCUACAAUGGGUUGUUCAGGCUUGGUCAUCAGGCCCCUGGCCUCGUGUGCUGAGCUGGUUCAUUUGCUCUUCUCCCUUGUGUCCAAUAUUCUAAAUGCUGCUCUAAUUCUUCAUCCUUUCGGUGUUGUCUCCCCAAAGGAAUGUAACCGGGGCAUCCUCCCUUGAGUAUGAUCGUUCAUUCAGACUGAACAUAGAGGACUGUCGGGACAAUAUCAGAAGUCCUAACACACCUAAAAUGUGUCAAUAGAAAUAGCAUAAAACAAUAUUAGGAUUUGCACUCGGGGCAAACCAGACACAGAAACUACUUCAGUAGUAUCCAAAAUUUGCCUAAUUCUGUAAAUCCUUAUACUUAAUAGCAAUACAAAUCCAUCAGAACCGUUCAUCUAAAAAUGAUCUUAAUCCUUCAUUUUAAAACAUCACCAAUCUUUUCCAUUCGCUCUUUUCUUUUCAGAAUCGUUCCUCUUCGGGUUCCUUCUGUCACUGCAACUCUUCUCCACCUAUCUUUUGCUUCGGCUUCUUCUCAUACCUUCUUUCUUCAAAUCGGAGUUCCUCAAGAUUGUUGGUUUCCUCAACAACAUCAAAUUUCUAAAAAAGGAAUAUAUCUAUCUGCCGAAAUCUAUCAGGAGUCUAGCCGAUUAUACCUUAAUCUGAGUUGGAGGGAUGCUAUUGAUCCUCAAAGACAAUGGAGUCGAACACAGAAGCUAGCAGCACACUCAAUAGCCUUAGAAAGCCGGAGACUCUCCUUAUGCCAGUGCUAAACACGUUCAGCUAAUAGCUCAGGGUUGCAAGGGAGCAUUUCGAAGAAGCAAAGGCUAGAGGCAUGACCUUUUUUCUUAUCUCAGUAUAAUUGUUAUGCUUUUGAAGAAGAUCGGUAGAAGAAAAGUAAUAUUAACGGGUAACCUGCAGCUAUUCAUUAGUGGUAUUACGUAUGAAAAGUAAAUUAUUUUUUUUAACCCACGUUUGCAUUGGAGCAGAAAUAUUAUUAUAAAUGUCUAUGUAUCCACAUCAGCUUCAUAGGUUGUCUACUAAAGUGACGUGUCCAUUUUUAAUGAGUUGUAAUCCACGUUCCCAUUAAAGUUGCUCUUAUACCCUGUUUUGCUUUA